AUGCUGGGCACCACGCCGUCUGCAGGCCAGCCAAGGCCGCAGAUGCCAUCAACACGGUCGAAACAAUCAAAAUCGAAACAACAACAAUACCAAUUACAACAACCAUACUCAUUCUCCUCAUCCUACCUCUCCUACCUCUUCCUCUGCCUAUUCUUUUGCCUAUUCUUCUCCUUCGCCAUCUUCUUCUCCACCUCCUUCCCGUCGCCCCACUCGUUGUCCCCAGACUGGCAGGAUGAGCCGCACACUCUGGCAGCCUGGAAUGUUCGUUCCCUUUUAGACAAUCCGAGGAGCAACCGACCGGAACGGAGGACGGCGUUAGUGGCACGAGAACUGGCGCGCUACAAGGUGGACAUCGCCGCACUCAGCGAAACCCGAUUCUCCGAACAAGGCCAACUGGAGGAGGUGGGUGCCGGCUACACCUUCUUCUGGAGUGGUCGACCCAGGGCAGAGCGACGAGACGCGGGUGUCGCCUUUGCCAUCCGGACCGACAUCGUGGGACGACUACCCUGUUUGCCGCAGGGAAUCAACGACCGCCUAAUGAGCCUCCGUCUACCUCUCCGGCGAGGAGGCAAGUUCGCCACCAUCAUCAGCGCCUACGCUCCGCCGAUGACCAGUUCCGAUGCCGUCAGAGACAAAUUCUACGAGGACCUGCACGCCCUCUUGGCGACUGUGUCGAAGGCGGACAAGUUUAUUGUCCUUGGCGACUUCAACGCCCGCGUCGGCACAGACCAUACCGCCUGGAGAGGAGUGCUGGGUCCUCACGGUCUCCGUGGCUCCAACGACAACGGACUGCUGCUUCUACGCACCUGCGCAGAACACCGCCUCAUCCUGACGAACAUGUUCUUCUGUCUGCCGGAGCGAGAGAAGGCCACCUGGAGGCAUCCUCGGUCGCGCCAGUGACAAGUGCUGGACUAUGUCCUCGUCCGGAGGCGAGAUCAGCGGGACGUGCUGGUGACGAAGGCGAUCGCGGGUGCUGACGGCUGGACCGACCAUCGCCUCGUCAUCUCGAAGAUGCGUAUUCGCCUACAGCCUCGCAGGAGACCACAAGGUAAGCGACCCCCAGGUAAGUUAAAUGUUGCUUUGUUGUCUUUGCCCGCACACCGUCCUCAUUUCAGCAAUGAGCUAGCCCAACGACUAGACAACCUUCCUAUCGCCGCUGACGCCGCCGCUGCCGAGAGCGCCUCCGUGGAGAACCGCUGGUGUCAACUGCGAGACAUGGUCUAGUCGACGGCGCUCGCCGUCCUCGGUCGCACUCCCCGCCAACACCAGGACUGGUUCGACGACAACGACGCCGCCAUCAGAAAUCUGCUUGCUGAGAAGAACCGCCUACACAAAGCCUACGUAGAUCACCCCACUGAGGACAACAAAGCUGCCUUCUACCGCAGUCGCCGCCAUUUUCAGCAAAGACUGCGCGAGAUGCAGGACGCCUGGACUGCUCGCAAAGCUGAGGAGGUCCAAGGGUACGCGGACCGCAACGAAUGGAAGAACUUCUUCUCUGCGAUCAAAGCUGUCUACGGUCCGCCGACGAAGGGCACUGCUCCUCUUCUCAGCGCCGACGGCAGUACUCUCCUGACUGAGAAGACACAAAUCCUGCAACGAUGGGCCGAGCAUUUCCGAGGCGUCCUCAUCCGCCCCUCCGUCACCUCCGACGCCGCCAUCGAGCGUUUGCCGCAAGUGGAGACCAACGUAGACCUCGACCUCCCGCCAUCUCUCCAGGAGACCAUCAGGGCCAAAUAACUCUGACAUUUCUUCUCAACCACCACUUCCAUCCUCCUCCUCCUACUCCUCCUCCUCCUCCUCUUCCCUCUCCUCCUCCAUCACAGCACGAACGGCGGCCGCUCAGGCGGCCGUCUCGCACAUCACCAACCGCGACACAACAACAGACACCACCCCCACCUAUUCUGACUCCAGCGAUGAGGACCAGGACUACACCCGCCCUCACUGCGACCGCACCUUCACCUCACACAUCGGCCUGGUCGGUCACUUGCGAAUCCAUUGCACAGAGACUGGCGAGCCAGUGCCUGGAGCACCAACCUAUACCCACCGCACUCGCCUCCACUGCCCACAUAGCCCUAGCACUUUCAGGCAUCGCAUGGGCCUAUCUGGCCACAUGCGCAUCCAUGAGAGCGGCAUUGACCGCACUCCCGACACACCCACGACAUCCAACACAUCCACCACGCCCAGACCCACACUUGCUUUACCGCCACACGCGCCCAUCACCACCACCACCACCACCACCACUGCUUCCUCUACAGCUGACACCGUCACCUCCGACCUCUCAAGCCCACAUUACCCACGCAAUUUCACCUCACGCAUCGGCCUGGUCGGUCACUUGCGAAUCCAUCGCACAGAGACUGGCGAACCAGUGCCUGGAGCACCAACCUAUACCCACCGCACUCGCCUCCACUGCCCACAUUGCCCUCGCACCUUCAGGCAUCGCAUGGGCCUAUUUGGCCACAUGCUCAUCCACGAGAGUGGCAUUGACCGCACUCCCGACACACCCACGACAUGCAACAGCUUCACCAUGCCCAGCCCCACACUUGCUUCACCGCCACACGCGCCCAUCACCACCACCACCACCACCAACACCACCGAAACCGCUGCUUCCUCUACCGUUGACACUGACACCGCCGGCCUCUCAAGCCCACAUUGCCCACACACCUUUACCUCACGCAUCGGCCUGGUCGGUCACUUGCGAAUCCAUCGCACAGAGACUGGCGAACCAGUGCCUGGAGCACCAACCUACACCCACCUUCGUGGACCUGACGAAAGCCUUCGACACGGUGAAUCGUGA